UAGCACUGCCGUGUGCAGAGUACCUAGCGCCCUAGCGGCGGGGCCGAUGUCUGUUGCUGGGAGAAAAGGUUGCACCGCUUAUCAACGUGGACGGAGUGGUGGAUAAUUCACUCAAGGCCGGCAGCUCCAGUAACCUCAGAGUUAUUUCGGCUUUGGGAAAUUAGAAAGUCUCGAAAGUCGAUGAAAAAUCGGUCGCCGGCCAUUAGCCUGGAGGUUUUUGAAUCUCUGUCGGAGGGCCCAACCUUUCCAUGAAUUGCAGGUUCUAUCUAACGUUAAUUAAUGUUGCAUGAACACAGCAGCACACCUCAGCUCCUCCAUUUUAUUCAACUUCUCCAACUUCUCUGUUCCAAAUUCUCCUUUCCUCGUCAUGAUGUUGAAGGAACUCGCUGCGCCCCCCGUCGCACCGACUGCAUAUCUAGGAAGGACCGGACUCUGCCGCCUUCACCAAGAAUCCUUUGAGCUGCCCUCUGCCGCCUCAAGUAGACGGAUAAAACAGCAGCUCCAACUCUGCACUUACACCAGCGAUUUCCAGCACUCCUGUUCCAACCAACCGACUUAUCGCCUGGGUAGUAGAAGAUCGCUGACUCAAACGGACCAGAGCCGGGUUGUAGAGGCUCGGACUCCGCCAUGGAUCCUUCUGGCUCCGUGCCGGUUCCGCGCCGAUUCCGUGCCGACUCCGACGGGUUAUCGCCAUCCAGUCUACCCAAGGAGAAUGAAUUCUUCUCUUUUUUCUGAUAUUUCUCUUUUGCUAUGUCACUCUCUUUCCGUUUUCUUCUUCCUGUUUGCUUUUUCCCGCUUUAUCAUCUUGAACUUCUUCAAGCAAGACGACGAAGGCCCGUUAGAGGCCAGAUAAGUUACACCCGACGGCGGGACAGACGUAAGGUACACAGCCAUAUUAUUUAUCAGUUGAGUUAUUUGAGGUAUUGUGAUUCUCAUAUAACCAUGUUCAAGAGAA